AUGUCUGCCCCUGCUGCUAUUCCCACCUCCACUUCGGUCGUUGAGAGCGCCGUCAUCAACGCCCCUCUCAGCCAUGUCUGGCACCACAUCAAGUUGCAGAACUUCAGCAACUUCUGGUCCGCCCUGAAGGCAAGCGAGUUCGUCAAGUCUCAGGAGGAGACCGACGUCGUCAAGUGGACCUUCAACGACGGUACUGAGCUCGAGGUCAAGCAGGAGGAGCACAGCACCAUCAACCACUUCAUCACCUACAGCGUCAUUACCGCCAAGCCUGAGCUCACUUACACCAGCGUUGUCAGCACUAUCCGCCUCUACCCCGUCACCUCUGGUUCUCACGAGGGCAGCACCUUUGUUGAGUGGACUGGCAACUUCUCCAGCGACGCCGAUGCCGGCGUGAUCCAGGAUGCCAAGUUCAAGCGCCGCGAUGCCCUCGCUGAUCUGGCCAAGGCUGCUGCCAAGCUGUAA